GUCGGCGAGAAGAAGCUUCUCGUUAGCCGGAGCCAGGCUCCAGCUUCAGGCAAGAAGGUGAAGGGGAGGAGAGUGUGGGGAAGGGCAGGGUAGCUGGGAGCAGCUAGAUACUGAGCAGAGAGAAACUCAAUCUGCAGGAACCGAGAUAGGAGCCAGCAAGGCGUGAACAGAGAGAGAGAGACAGCAGCCCAUCCCAGGCCGGCAGAGGCCGGCUCUGUGUCCCAGGCUCGGAGCUCAGCAACCCCGGGAGCGAGCAGAAAGGCGGCGGGGACAAAGCAGACCAUGAUCGGCACCAGAUCCAGGGGCACGGAGCUGCCGGAGCCGGAUCACAAUAAACUCGCUCUGAAAACCUUCAGGAAAGUCGCACUUUAUGAAGAUGAAGACGUGAAAUUUAUGAUGGCAGGCAGCAACUUACAGAAAAUCAAAUCGAGAUUGUGGAAGAAAGAUCGACAGAUGAAACUGCAGGAGGAUGGCUUGACUGUCUGGUGUGAGUCCAAAUCCCGGAAAAAGCCUUCUACUUUCUCGGUGAUGGAUAUCCGGGACAUCCAAGAGGGCCAUCGCUCCGAAGUGAUGAAGAAACAUGGAAGCAGCUUCUCGGAGAAACGGUGCUUCACCAUCGUGUUCGCAGGCAACCGUACAGACCUGGACCUGGUAGCAGAGUCGGAGGAAGAAGGGAGACGAUGGGUUCAAGGCUUUAAAAAGCUAAGAAAGAAAGCAGAAGCCAUGAGCCAACGAGAGAAAAUUCACCACUGGAUCCAUGAAUACCUCCGGAAGGCUGACAAAAACAAGGACAACAAAAUGAGCUUCAAAGAGGUUAAAAAUCUGCUGAAGAUGAUCAACAUUGAAACUGAAGAUGAAUAUGCUUACCAGCUGUUCAAGCAAUGUGACAAGUCCAAUACUAACAAAUUGGAAGAGCACGAGAUCGAGGAGUUUUGCAAGUUUCUGAUGCAGCGACCAGAAUUGGAGGAGAUCUUUAACUACUACUCAGGGGAGGACCAGAUCUUGACUGUCACUGAGAUCAAGAAUUUCUUAAAAGAGCAGAAGGAAAUCACCACCGACGAAAAUGCAAUCGCAAUUAUACACAAAUAUGAGCUGAAUGAAACAGCCAAACAGAACCAGCUCUUGACCCAGGAUGGCUUCAUGAUGUACCUGCUUUCCCCUGAUGGGGAUGUGUUUAACUCAGACCAUGACAAAGUUUACCAGGACAUGACCCAGCCACUCAGUCAGUACUUCAUCUCCUCUUCCCAUAACACCUAUCUGAUGGAGGACCAGCUGGGAGGACCAAGCAGUACUGAGGCAUAUAUUAGAGCUCUUCUGAGAGGCUGCCGCUGUGUGGAGCUGGACUGCUGGGAAGGACCAAAUGGGGAGCCAAUCAUCUACCAUGGAUACACGCUCACCUCAAAAAUCCUCUUCAAAGACGUUAUCCGAACCAUCCGGGAUUAUGCCUUCACGGUCUCUCCGUAUCCCGUCAUUCUGUCCCUGGAGAAUCACUGUGGAGUGGAGCAGCAGACAGUCAUGGCCCGGCAUUUAAAGGAAAUCCUCGGUGAAAUGCUGGUAACUGCACCACUCGAUGGCAAAGUCCUGAGUAAACUUCCGUCACCCGAGAAACUCAAAGGCAAAAUACUGAUAAAAGGGAAGAGGUUCAAUGGCUCUGGACCCUCAGUGGAUCAGGAGGAAACACCAGAGGAUGAGGAUGAUGAGAAUAUGAACAAUGGAGAAAAAAACAAAAAGAGCCUGCUUUCCCCGGAACCAGCAAACAACAAACAGGAGCCAGUGAAGGAGCUGUCGAAGGAGCUGUCUGAGCUUGUGGUUUACUGCAAGGCUGUGCGUUUCCGCAGCUUCCAGUAUGCAAGGGACAAGGCAUGUCCCUGUGAACUCUCAUCCUUCUCUGAGAAUAAAGCAAAGAAGCUCAUCUGUGAGUCAGGAGCCUCCUUUGUUUGUUACAACACACUGCAGCUGUCCAGGAUCUACCCCACGGGCUCUCGCUUUGACUCAUCCAACUACAACCCUCAGGAGAUGUGGAAUGCAGGCUGUCAACUGGUGGCCCUGAACUUCCAGAAACCCGGAACAGAGAUGGAUCUAAACAAAGGGAAGUUUCGGCAGAAUGGUCGGUCCGGAUACAUCCUGAAGCCCAGUUUCAUGAGGAAUAGUUCCAAUCUGUUUGACCCUGCCAGGGCAAAACCAGGAGCAGGCCUCAAAGAGACACAAUUAAUUAUUGAAAUUAUUACAGCUCAACAGCUCCCCAAAGUGAAUAAGGAUAAAAAGAAUUCCAUUGUGGAUCCUCUGGUGCGUGUGGAGGUGCACGGAGUUCCUGAUGAUAACAGCAUGCAAAAGACCAGCCAUAUUGAAAAUAAUGGAUUUAAUCCAGUCUGGAAUGAAGUGCUCCGGUUUACCAUCAGUGUUCCCGAGCUCGCUCUCAUCCGGUUUGUUGUUGAAGAUUAUGACUCAACCACCAGUAAUGACUUCAUUGGACAGUUUACACUCCCAUUCACCAGUGUGAAAGAAGGUAAGUGA